CUUAGAAUUUAUUGAGGUACGGCUAGAUAAUGCAUAAUAGAAUUGCAAAAAAACUAAAAUGGCAACAUUGUCGGCAUUUUUCUCAGUUUAUGCGAAGGCAAAGAGAAGGUUUAGAAUUUUUCAGCACUUGAAGUCAAAGUUUUGGUAAGACAAUAAAGAAAGCUGCCAUGUUCUUUUUAAACAUUUGCAUAAGAAGGCAGUGAGCAUUAAAAAAGAUUUUUGCUCUUUUUCAGUUUAGAUUUUGUGACGAAAAUGCAAAAUACCUGGAGCAAAUGAAAAAAAUUGUACAGUUUUGAAAAGGCAGAGCCGGAGCUUUUUGAAAUCGGUGACAAAACACAGUUAGAACGAUGAUUGGAAGGGAUGAUAAUGAUGACGAUUAAAAUGAGGACAAUUAUCUUAAUUUGCAUUGACUAGAUUUUAAUUAAAAGGAUACAGAAAAAUGUUAUCUCUAGCCCCACAUAAUAGUAACAGUAUCCAACUCUCAAAAUUCUUAAAAGCAAAAAACUAUAUUGAAAUUUAGUCGAAGAAUAUUUUAUCAAAAUAUUGGUCUGAAACUUUGUUACGACGAAAUUUUGAUGUAAUAUGUUCAUAUACUGAUGUUUUCAUAGAGCUUUUUUGCUGUUUACAGAGCCUCAGUGGAUAUCUAAUGAAGGUUGGAGACAACAUUUGACGGUUUGGGAGACUUUACAACUGAAUCAUGAAUUCAAGCAAUGUUAAUGACACAGUUACAGCAACUGUUGUAUGUCAUGGCUUCAAUAAAAUUGGAUACUUUUUUGCAUCAAAAGCUGUCAUUUCUAUGGCUUCGAUUUCGAUAUUGUCAAGCUUCUCAUUCUGUAUAAUCGCAAUGGUUGGCAAUACACUUACAUUGUACUCGAUCUGGAAAGCCUCGCUCUACUCUAAUCCAUCCUACACGAUAAUAGCAGGCUUGGCAAUAACUGACUUUCUAAGCAGCAUCACUGUUCUCCCUCUCAAUACUGUGAUACGUUUCCAAGAUAUAUUCAACAUCCACAGCUGCGUUCUGAAGCACAUUUUUGCAACUGUUGCAACUAUAUUGGUCGGUUGGUCGACGAUAAUGAUGUGCACUAUCAACAUAGAUCGCUUUAUAGCCUUGUAUUUCCCACUCAGGUUGAAAGCAUGGAAUCUUAGUACUUGGUACUCUGUGUUGAUUGCAUCAAGUUGGAGCCUCUUUUUAUUGUAUGCGUUGUUAGGAGCAUCAAAUAUUCUUUCUUUGAAAAUUUUCUUUUCACUACAAAUGUCAAUGGUUAUUUUUGCUCUUGUAUUCAUUUCCGUCAUUCAAGUUUUGGUUUAUCGUUUGAUAAAAGCCCGCCAGCGGAGGUUGGCUGUCUUGGCACCCCGGCAAAGUACAGCCCAAAUGAUCGAUGCUAUUGAACAAAGAAAACAAAGGAAGUGCAACAGAACCCUUUUCAUUGUAACUGUUGCUUUCUUUAUCUGUUACUUGCCAAGAUUUGCUGUAUUGGUUGCUUUACGUCCUGUGAAAAGUUCAUCAUUCACGCUGAUUUAUAUAGGGAGUAGAUGGUCAGAAAUCGUACUUUUCUCGAAUUCCGCCCUAAACCCAAUCAUUUAUGCUAUUAGGUUGCCAAAAAUCAGAAGACAUGUUUUCGAGUUUUUGCGUCGCGUCUUUCCUUGGUUUGAGAAACAGCACACGUUAGACACCACACGUUAGACACCACACAUUAAGCACCACACAUUAAGCACCACACAUUAGACACCACACCUUAAACACUAUUGAACAUCAGAAGUUGUGCACCACUCAUUGGACACCACACGAUGGACACCACACAUCGCA